AUGAACCGCCACCUUAUACAUCUUUUUUUCUCCCCCCAGUUAAAGAAACAGAAUAAGGAGCGGUUGAGACGUGCUCGAAUCUCGGAUCAAAUCACUCAAAUACAUAACCUUGCUCUCUCCAUUGUUGGAAAGGAAAACGCGGAGAAAUCACCUGUACGGUCCGAAAAGAUUGAAAUGCUAACAUUCUGCCAAGAGGUUUUGACCAGUAUGGCUCAUCUCAUGAAAGAAAGACCAGAAGUCAAGAAAAAAUUAUGUUCCUUCUACAAGAAGAAUUCGACAAAUUUGAAAAGAGAUAACUUUCAGGAUUUCUUGUUGAAUCCUUUUCAGAACUUCAGUGAUAGUGGCAUUCAUGAUUUGUCGUCUACUUCAAGCUGUCGCAAGGAGAAUAGCGUGUCAGAAUGUAUAACGAAAGGACCACCUUUAAAACUACCCCCAAAGAAGCGUCAACAGCUAUGGAGACCCUACCUCUAA